CGACUCGAAGCCCCGUUCGCUCGCUCCACUCCGCGAACGACCUAAAUAAUAAGCCUUACCAGAAAACUCCGUGCUAGUGAUGAAUCGGGGGCGGUGCUGUCAAAGAAAGGCCCCCCUGUCGCCGUCUGACCGUUUUCCUCUCGGUCCCGAACGCCGCGCCGCCCGCCGCCCGGGACUGGCAUGAGACACGGCUCGGGUUGCUUUGUAGACCGUUCGGCCCCGGAGGGUCGUGCCGGUCGACAUGGAAUGAGGCCUCGAGCGUAUAAAACGCCACCACCAUGGCCAGCGGCAACGGCUCUGGCCAACAUCAAUCAAAGGGCCUCGUAUACAAAGAAUCAAACAUCAGCAACCCCGCGAUGAGCAAGCCCAGGCAAAAGACCGUCCUCGUCACCGGCUGCAGCGACGGCAGCGCCGGUGCGGCCCUCGCCCGCGAGUUCCACAGCCGCGGCCUCCGCGUGCUGGCCACCUCCACGGACGGACGGCGGAUGCGCUCCCUCGACGCCCUCGGCAUCACCACCCUGGCCCUCGACUGCACCUCCCCCGCGUCGCGCGCCCGCUUGGCCGAGGAGUUGCGGCGCAUCACCGGCCACGACGACGACGGCAGCGGCGGGCUCGACAUGCUCGUCAACAACGCCGCCGCCUUCAGCCUCAUGCCGCUCGCAGACGUGGACCUCGACGAGGCGCGCGGCGUGUUCGACGUCAACGUCUUCGGUCCGCUGGCCAUGGUCCAGACGUGUCUGCCCUUUCUUCUGGCUGCUGCUGAUUCUGCUUCUUCUGCUAAUGGUGGUGGUGAUGGCGCCGCGGGGUCCUCCCAGCCCGCCGUCACCGUCGUCAACGUGGGCAGCAUAUCAGCCGUCAUGUGUCCCCCAUGGCAAGGCGUCUACGCAGCCAGCAAGGCCGCGCUGCUCGCCCUGGGCAACGUCCUGCGCGUGGAGCUGGCGCCCCUGGGCAUCGGGGUCGUCACUGUCAUGUCUGGGGGCGUGGCGACGGCCGCGAUGCAGACAUGGUCGGGCCGCGGGCGCGUCCCCGAGGGUAGCCUGUAUCGGCAGCUGGCGCCGUACAUCGAGGGCAACGAAGCCGGCAAGGCCAUUCAAAGCACGGUGCCGUCUGAGUAUGCUAGGCAGGUGGUGGAUGAUCUGCUCGGCACGCGGCCGCGGCCGCUCAUCUGGAGGGGAGCGUUCGCCUGGGUGGCCUGGGCCUUUACAUGGCUGGGCUGGGUGGGUAUGAUGGAUGGCGGUCACAUAAAAAGGGCUCUUCUGCAUCGGGUACAUCCUCCUCGUACACAGACUCUGCAGAAUUAA